AGACACCUUUGAAGUGUAUAUUGAAUUGUGCAUUAGUUACAAUUAAUCAUUUAUAUGAAUUAAAUCCCAUUGAAUAUUUUUACUAAUCAUCAAAAAGACUUAACGUAUUAUGAAGAAUGGAAUGUGUACAUUUGUCAGAUAACGUCAAGGUGGAAACCGAUUACAUCGUUGAGGACAGCACGAUCACAAAGAACUUCAACUGUUCAGGUACAAUAAUAUAUAUUUUAUAUUGGUAUUCCAUUCAAUUACUUUGAUAUAAGUCAGUAUUUUAAGUAUGGGCAUUAAUUUACAUUUGGUUGUGGAGGUUAGUUUAUAAAAAUCAAUACAGUGAGCUAUAAUAAUCAGCUGUUCGAUUUGAGGUGCGGGAGGGGGCACGGCAGGGGUGACCGUGACUAUCGCCUAAUUCUGACGCGUUGCGUUGAAAUAAUCUCAGUAACAUGAUUUCAAUGAAUGUGCUAUAAAAGAACAAAAUUGGUUGUGUCUGCAAUGUGGAGUUGUGAAUUGCGGCCGCUACGUCAAUGGCCAUGCAAAGCUGCAUGCAGAGACCACAGACCAUCAGCUCUGUAUGAGUUGUGAUGUUUAUUCUGUUUACUGCUACAAAUGUGACGAUUAUGUUUCAAAUGAUACGGAACAGCAAACAUUAGAUAAAAUAAGACAAAGUAUUAUGCAAACUAAGAGAGAUAACAACGACAUUGAUACAAAUAGUAAUAUCGAAGAGAAUAGUAAAGAUGGUAGCGAAGAUUCAGCAACUCCCAGUGAGAAGCUUUCACGUUCUCCUAAUAGUAUCAAAGAUGAAAGUAGACCGCUGGACACAACUCCAAAUAGUUCAUGUGGUGAUAUACCUAAUAUCUUAGCUAAUACAUCACAGGAAAUCAGUGAAAGUAAAUCAUCAAAAAAUACAAAGAGUUCAGAUGAUCCUGUGCGUAGUUUAAGACCGCGCUCUCGUAAACGAUCACAUUCAGAAGAAAGCAACUCGGCAGAGUACAACACAUCUCACACAACUAGAAAUAAGGAAAAGAAAGUGUCCCCAUGUAAUGGAAAAAGUCAAAGAGAGAAGAAAGUUGUAGGUUUAAAAAAUUUAGGCAAUACAUGUUUCAUGAAUGCUGUGCUGCAGAGUUUGAAUAAUAUUCAAGAGUUUAGUUGCUACUUCAGUCAGCUGCCUUCACUGGAGACGAAGACGAACGGCCGCAAGGUGUAUCACUCGAGAAGUUACACGCGGCAGGAAAUGCAUGAUGUCCUCAUGGCUGAGGAGUUGAGGAAGGUAUUAAUAAAUCUAAACAGUGGUUGCGGUUCUAAAGCAGCCAUAUCACCAGAGUGUUUGUUCCUGGUUAUAUGGAAAGUGGUGCCCAGGUUCCGCGGCUACCAACAGCAGGAUGCACAUGAAUUUUUACGUUAUAUGCUCGAUAGAUUACACACGGAGCUACUGCAGCUUCUGCCGCCAGAUCGCGGGGAAAGCGAAUUCGUUUCUAGAACGCCAGCUGCGUCCAUUGUGACAGCAGUGUUUGGUGGUACACUGCAAAGCGAGGUGCGGUGCCUAGCAUGCGGUGCAGAGAGUAAGAAGUUCGACCCGUUUUUGGACCUCUCUCUAGAGUUGCCAGAGUCGGGCCGUCACGAGGCGCCUGUCGCUCUCGCCGAUUGCCUCGCCAGCUUCGUGCAGGUCGAGGAGUUAGCAGACACUGAGCGGUAUUUCUGCAGUAGCUGUAAGUGUAAACAGAAAUCAACUAAGCAGUUUUGGAUCCGCAGACUACCAAAUGUGUUAUGUUUGCAUCUCAAGAGAUUCCGGUGGCACAAUUAUUUCAGAACCAAGGUGGACACUCGCAUCUCGUUCCCGCUGCGUGCGCUGGACGUGUCCGCGUUCGCGGCGGGCGGCGCCUCCCGAGCAAACCGUCUGUACGACCUCGCCGCCGUCAUCGUGCACCACGGCUCCGGAGCCGGAUCCGGUCACUACACGGCGUUCGCGAUCAACGAGGACCAGUGGUUUCAUUUCAACGACCAGACGGUGCGCGCGGCGGAGGCGGCGGCGGUGGCGGCGUGCAAGCCCUACAUCCUGUUCUACAUCCGGCGCGAGCCCUCGUUACCCGCCGCCUCGUGACGCCCGCGUCGGGCCCGCCGUAUGGCUGCACGCUGCGUCUGCGCCUGCACCCGGACUACGCUCUAGUAAGGCUUAGUACGUACCGCGGUUACAUGCCGGUGGUUUGGGACUAGCUGGAAACGCGAAAAUACAAAUCCUGUGUUUCUUGUUAGUCUGUAGUAUUUAGCGGUUUUCGUAGUUAGUCAUCACCACAGACAUAGAUGGGGGUAGAUGGCAAAUGUACCUAAUUGGUAAAUGAAAGCUAAAUGUACCAGCUAUAAGGAUAUUGUAGAAGUACUAAUUAAAGCAAAAACAACAUUAUUUCAAUGUCAUAAAGGUGCUUCAAGUUAAAUAAUAUUUUCUGAUCGACAUAUUAAUUCUAUGUCUGUGGUUGUCAUAAAGAAUUUUUAACAGCGACAUGUUAUCAUGGAUUUGGUUGCUGAUAAAAUAUAGAAAACGUAAGCAAUGUCACCGCUAACAUCCAUUUAGUAUCGCAAUAUACGAUAUAUAAAAAACAACCGUUCAUUGAUCUGCUGGAAAGAAAUAAAAUUAAUUACUGAUGAAAACUGCUAGUUCCUACGUGCGUCUCUAUAGACAGUCGAAUUUUCUCUAUAGACAUUUUUGGCAGUUCAGAACCAUCUGUGUUUAAUCGCAGUGCGUGCUAAGUUCAAGUCCCACCUCACAGGGCUACCGCUCGUGCCAGGUUUUGUCCCAGUUCAUAUAGAUUGGGAUGUGUCUGGGCCCAUACCUUGAAUCCUUUUUAGGGUGAGUAACCAAGACCGUGCAGAUGUUCUGUAACAGCUUAAAAACAAAAAUUACUUAAUUGAAUAUAUUAUAGUAUUGCAGUGAGAGAACAUUAUUAGUUAAUACUCACCUUUAGGAAAAUGAAAGUAUAUCAUGAAUGAUUGAAAAAUUCAUUAAAUAAAUAUUCAAUGUUUGAAAAUUAUGUUCGUAAGAAAACAUUCUGGUGUUAAGAUAAUUUACAAAUGAAUAUUGUCAAUGUCAGAGGAAAUUACAGUUUGGUUGUCGAUCGUAGUGUACGGGGCGGCGACGGUAUCUGUCGAUCGGUACCUUUGUCAUAUAUGUUUAUGAUACUACAUUGAGCAAGGGUCUCCAGAACUUUUGAGAGUGACAGUGUUUCAUGUGAUACGUAUUUAACACCCCUUAAUUUUGGGGUUAUAGUAGCCAUAUAGGCUUUCAGGAUUAUAUAGAUAGAGCAUGGAGUCUUAUUUAUUAUCUCUUAUUAUUAUUAUCUAUUUAUUUAUCUCUUAUAUAUUUUGCUUUUAUUUUGUAUAUGCAUUCUUUCAUCUCUUUUUACUGUGUAUGUCUGCUUUUGUGUCCUUAAGUUAUGUAUAUAUAUUAUUAAAUCAGCUUUUUUCGAAUCAUUUGUUUGCUACUUUAUAAUCUAAGUACUAAAUAAUCUAAGUAGUAUAUGGGUUAUAUGGUAUAGGUUAUAUUUUUUUCAAACUAUUUAAAAAAAAAUCAAUUGUAAAUUAGUCUAGAUAUUUUUUUAUCUGAUUUCAGAUCCGAGGUCCCAUAGAAAUUUCAUCAAAAUCGAUUCAGUAGUUGAGUUUUUGAAUCAAAACCGGUUUUGCUACAAUUUAAGUGUUUGUUUUUUUUUUUUGUGAAGUCCAUGAAAUGCUAGAAUAAAAAGUUUCUUUUUUAUUAAGACUUAAUGUAUAGGUUAUAGGUAUUAUUAUUAUCAUCGAAUGAUUUAGAUAUAAAGAUUUGCCAAGAUUGUGUCAAGUAUCGAGUAAAGUUUGUCUUGCCAUAAUUCAUGAUAUACGGAAUUGAAUCGUAGAUGAAAGGUAGAAGAAGCAUGAAAGUAGAAUAAAUGCUGUAAAGAUGAGAGCUCUGGGAAACAUGUGUGGUAUUACACAAAAAGAGAGUGAGAAUUAAUGUGAUUAGAGAGAAGUGUGGAUUGAAAGACGAUGUAGUGACAAAAAUUGAAAACGGCGAAAAAUAUUGCGUUGGUUUGGCCAUUUGGAGAUAAUGAAUGAAAGAAGCCUUACGAAAAAGAUUUAUCAAACACGAAUGAACGGUGAUGUCGGUAAGGGUCAACCUAGAGGAACGUAUGUCGACCAAAUAAGCGAUGUGCUGAAAGAGGGCUGAAUUAAAAGUACCUGUAACUGGCGAGCGUGUAUGAAAAGAUUGAUGAAUAUGUAAGUAGCGAAAGAGGUGUGUUUCAAUUGAAGCAUUUAGCGUUCCAUUGUUUUUGGCUACCCUAAUAGGGAGUCGGGUGUGACAGAUAUGUAUGUAUGUGUCAAGUAUAAAAUAAAAAAAAUCCCACGAUAGUUUUUAUCGGGCAGGUUAUUUUUGGCAGUUUAUGAAAAAUACCUGAUACGCAGAUGUGAGCAACACAUGUAAAAAAAAGAACUAUAAAUUGCAACAUUGCUAAUAUUAAAAAAAAACAUCGUUUCUUUGUCCUAGUUUGUCAUUUUAUAUACGAGUACACUCUAUAAAUUGUAGUUUCCUCUGUCUUUGCGAAUAUCAUUCAUUUAAAACACAACAUAGACCUUGUUUGUCAGAAGGCAAUUGAUACAAACAGAUCGUGGUAUACAUUUGAGUUCGCAUAAAAUUGCUUUUCGUUUGCCUAUAGAAAUUUUUUUACAUUGAUUAACUAGGAAAUAUCCUCUGUUGUAAAUAUGAAAUAUGUAAUUUUAUAUGACAAAGGACAUGGCCAGUAUUUCUAUAUAGAACCUUUUAAAUCAUGGCAAAAUUUGAAUAUUCAGCUAAUCAUAAAGUAAAUGAUGGCCUUAUUUUGUCUAAUUGUAGGGCAUACAGACCACUAUGCAGUCAUUAUAUGUCGUGUUAUAUUUAUUUUGCUUUCAUAUUUGCUUCAUCUUUUUACACUUUUAAAUCCGACAACAGAUAAUCCUUGAAGUGAAAUUUAUUUACUUUUAAAAUUGCAUUUUUCAACAUAUUUGUGUUGUCAAAUGUUUACACAAAUAGAAUUUCCGCAUACGUUUCAAGUUUUCAGAAUAGGCAUAAACUUAUUAUUUUUUUAAUAUUAUGUCAAAAGACACAGUUGAAAGUCUAAGUAAAAAGUAAAUGGUUUAAGAAAAAAAAAACAUGUGCGCCAUCCAUUCAUUUUACAUAGAGUAUAUAAUUGUGAAUGUAAAAAAAGUAUUAAGUAUCUAAAUACUGAAUUUGAGUGUUCAUAAGAAAACCAAUAAACUGGUUUGUGAUUGCCUUGUUUCAUGACUGUCAUUUUUAAUCCAAUAUACUUUAAAUCAAUAUAUAAAUGUUGUUGGUGCGUGCGUAUACUUAUAAUUGUACAAAAUGUUAUUCGAGUUAUCCGUGAAUUUAUAAAUUCAUUUUGCAUUUAUUUCCAACAUAUUCACUGUGUACUUUAUACUCGUACAUACUGUUGGGUGUCUUGUAUCAUUGGAAGGGUUGUACUGUUUUUAAUACAAUACUAUGUGUAACGAAGUUAGUCGUCGUUAAGUUUGAAAGGUCCUGACAUAAUAUGGAUUCCAGUACAAUAUGCUUAUUUUAUAUAAAGUAUAAAGUACAAUAUAUUGUGAAUAGCUUUUGCAAUAUAUUAUUAUAAUCAUGUUUGUAUAAAACGAAAUAUAUAGUAUCUAUAUAAUUUAUAUUUGACGUGAAUGUACCUAACGUAAUUGGCACAUAUCUCUGUUACAGUAUAUAACUCAAUAAAUAUUAAGAUUAUUCAAUAUGCAUGUAUAAAAUCAGUUUUUGUAAAUCUGUACGUACAGAUAUAAAUAGACAGCGUAUGUUAUUUUUCCAUAAAUAUCUAAAGAAAAAUUAUUACGCCUAUUUGGAUUUCGUCUAAAUAAUUUGGUUUUCCGAUAAGAAAUUUAUAUAUCCGAUAUCAAUAUAUAAUAGAUUAGAUGAUAUGUUAAAUUAUAGACAAAAGUUGGCUGUUAGUUAAUAGCUCUUAUAAAUAAAGAGAAAAUAAACGGUACGUUUAACAUUUUAAUAAAUUGACUUAAAUAAUCUACUUAAAUCUGUAUCAGUGAAAUAAAUUGUAUUUUUUAUCAAUAUAUUAAAAAUUUAAACAUGUAGAUAUUCUAAAUAAAUCAAAGGUAUCUUCUGACAAUUUGUAUUAAAAAUAUUUCAGUUAUGCAUUACAGUUAUUAGUCUAUAUUCUAGACAUUGUAUCUAAUUAUUUUGACAUUCUUUUUUUUUUUAAUAAAAGUGGUGAUCUUUAUAGCAACAUGGCUUAAACAGAUCUCAAAGGUCAGGUUGCAGUUCUGACCUUAUUGUCAUAAUGAAAUAAAUAUUAUUUUUACAUGAUAAUAGUUCUCCAAAACUAAAUUGUAUAUUACAAAUUUAUCUAUGAUUGUAAAACAUAAACUUUCAAGUAAAUCUAUCUUUGAAUUGUUGAGUAUUGUCCACGAUUGGAUAUAUCUUCGUGCAGAACUGUUUGCCUUCAUUGACAGAUUUUUAAAUAUUAAAUAUUAAGUAAAAAUAAAUAAUGAAUACUCAUAUAAAAAUAGUUUGCAGACGUUGACAAGUCAUAUAAUAUGUAGAUUUGAGCUUAUUCAAAUAAGCAAUAUGAAAUUCAAUUUCAAAUGUACUUCAUGUAUUUAUAUAAUGUGUGAUAUGAGUUAUUGUAAUGCGGUGCGUUUGAAUACAAUUAUAAUAGAUAGGGUUAACAGUAGAGGAGUGAAUAUAACUUCUGACAAGUUCAUAAUUGCAUGUAUAUUUUACAUUCCUAUAACGAAUUAUGGGUUUUCUAUGAAUUUAUUUUUUACAACAUUCUAAACUAUGCGAUACGAGACACCAGUUAUGUCUAAACAAAUGUGAUAGUAUAAAUCAUGUAAAUAAUGAUGAUUGAAUUGUGUCGUAUUUUCUUUUUUUAAGUACCUAAUUUGAAUAGCUGGUUUAUUUUGUGUAAGUACUUCAAUUACUGGAAGUUGAUAGUGAUUGAAUUUAAUAAAUUCGCCAAUACAAAUACCA